AUGAAGAGCAGCUUUGAUUUGUAUGCUGUUCAGUUGAAGACCUCUUUGAGUCGGCUGGGGCUUUGGGGCGUGAUUGACGGCACGGAUUCGCGUCCGCUCUUUGAUGUCGGAGGGCAAGCUGCAUUUGAUGCUCGUGACAAUGCGGCGCGUGACGCGAUAUUGCGUGGCGUUCCUGAAGCUGACGCGGAGAUGAUCUGCCAUGAGGCAUCUGCAAAAGAUAUGUGGACUCGCUUCGAGAACAAGCAGACAAAGCGUGAGUACGCCAACUAUAUCUUCGCACGCGAACAACUGUAUUCCAACAAGUACACUAGUGAUGUGAAGCUGAGUGACUGGUUGAGGGACAUGGAGUUGCAGAAGCGUGAACUCCAGCACUAUGGAAAGAUGAUUAGUGAUGAGGAGUUUGCGGAGAUUCUCUUGAGCAACGUGUCGCGCACGCACCGUGAGGUAGUGCGGCAGUUCUCACGGCACUAUGUUGUGCUGACUGUGCCUGGAACUCACCAGCUGGCCCCGACAGCAGCUCAAGUGAUGAAUGCACUUCGUGCCGAAGAAGAUCUGGAUGAGAAGAUCGCUGAGGAAGUUCCUCGCUCUUCCAUCAGUUCUGCCCAAAAGAAGUCGAACGGCGGCAACAACGGCAAAUCUGCCGAGAGUUCGGGCAAGAACAACGCCGGAAAAGGAAAAAGGCAGCGCGGGCGUGGUAGAUACAAAUCGAAAGGCCAGAAUCAAGAAGGCAAGUCAAAUGCUGGUAGUGGCAGCAAGUCUUCGCAAGGUUGCUGGAAUUGUGGCGACUUG